UAAAUUUGUGAUAAUACCGAAAUAUUUUGCUUUUAUUCAAAAUGUGUAGCAGGUAUCUCAUAGACGAGCACACUCGACUGUAGCUUUCUUACAUGUUAGUUUUGAGGUAUAGUUAAAGCAAAGUUAUAAUACCCUUCUACCCUAAGGGUAGCGGGUAUAAAAAACGUCAGCUUGAUUAUGUGUUGAUUUCUUGCCUUCCUAAUUAGCAACUACAUAUAUAAUUUACUAAAGAAUAAAAUUUAAAUUUCAGUGCUCAAUAUGGACUCCUCCAAGAUUGCCCCAAGUCCGCCGCCGUAUAGCCCACAAUUUCAAAAUAAUUUGAAUCCCAUAGCCAGUUCUCCACCCAUCCAAAUGAUUCACUUAGCACCGCCACCAUAUCCGGGGACUCUUCCGAUGAAUAUAGAUAACUUUAACAUGUCUCCACAACCGCAAACCUGUAUCCCAGAAGCUCAGAAUAAUAUGAAUUCUACAGUCAAUACUGCACCCCCUCCAAUGUAUUACUCAUCACAGUCUCAGCCGAUGAAUGUGGUAAAUCAAAGAAGUCAAAGUAGCGAGAUCUGUCCCAAGUGUCAAGCUGAAGUCAAAAUGCGCGUCAAGUAUCAUUCAACGGCAAAGACCUAUGCUAUCUCAGGAUUGUUUUGCCUGUCUAUGUUGUGGCCCUGCGUCUGCUUGCCCUGUCUUUACCAGGUGGGCUACAAGUUAGGUAAAUUUUGCCCCCACUGCUUCGUUCGUGUUGGCGAUGUGUAAACUGUACUGUGAAUAAGCUUAUAUGAAC